AUGAGCACAACGCCCAUCAGGCUGCGAGACUCUCCCGCUCAAGUGCAGGAAAAGCUUGGCCUCAGCAACCGACAGUUUGACAACUUCAAGAACUUUGCCCGGAGGGUCCACGGCGAAUACUGUGCCGCUCAUCCCAAUUCCAAAUGGGCCGACGUCAACGCCGUCUGGACCGCCGUGCCCGAGCGAGAGAAACUCGAUGUCAUCCGCCUCAUGUACAACCUGUGUACCGAAUCCAACCUAUUCCCUCCUACCACCGCACGAGCCGUCAUCGAAGCAGGCAUUGAACAGAGACUGCACCAGGUGCGGCUGCACUGGCUCGACGGUACUCCGUAUAUGCCCGACACAUUUGAGCAGUCGCAGCAUCCAGUCCACGUACUUCUUGUCUGCGACGGCCUACCAGCCCUUGCCGAGAUCCUGUUCCAAACAAGAAACCACAAACUUUUCGGCGCUGCAAACCGCAACGCAACAAAGAUGUGUCCCACCGAAAAAGUCAGUGGAGGAGCCGGCAAAGCAGUGGGUGGAGAACCGAGCAUUUCCCAGAGGAGGAGGGUUUCUUAA